GCCCCGCCCGGGGAUGGGAGGAGGAAAACCUCCCGCCGUCCCUUUAACAGCCAGCGGCUCUGCUCGGAGUUCAGGCCGGGGUCAGGGGGAGUUCGCAGCCCGGGUUUCACCUCCGAGUUGGCGGCGUCGGGAACCCCGAGGAAUCGCUGCUACUUCUUCCACCACCACCUCCUCCUCUUCCUCCUUCUUCUUCUUCUCCUCCUCCUCCUCCCGUUCCGUGGGACCGGCCGGGAGCGCGGGGUAUGGAGGAGCAACAGCAACAACGGAGGAGGAGGGUGGAGGGGAACAGCAACCGGCGGCGGCCCCCCCGGGGCUGAGCCAUGAGAGUUCACCGAGACCUCGGCUGGUUGGCGGAGGCCACCGGGCGCCCAGGGCGGCGGGCGAGGAGCGGGAUGCUGGACGCCAUGGAGGUGCCGAGCCACUCGCGGCAGCUGCUGCUGCAGCUGAACACUCAGCGCACCAAGGGCUUCCUGUGCGACGUGAUCAUCGUGGUGCAGAACGCGCUCUUCCGUGCGCACAAGAACAUCCUGGCGGCCAGCAGCGCCUACCUCAAGUCGCUGGUGGUGCACGACAACCUGCUCAACCUGGACCAUGAGAUGGUGAGCCCCGGCAUCUUUCGACUCAUCCUUGAUUUCAUCUACACCGGCCGCCUGGCCGAGUGCGAGCCGGGUGGCGAGCAAAGCUUGGGUGCUGUGCUGGCCGCCGCCAGCUACCUCCAGAUCCCUGGCUUGGUGGCCCUUUGCAAGAAGAAACUGAAACGCAGUGGCAAGUACUGUCACCUGCGUGGGGGUUACGCACCCUACAAGCUGGGCAGGGGGCUGCGGGCUGCCACGCCGGUCAUCCAGGCCUGUUACUCGGGGACACCACGGCCUGUGGACCUGCCACCUGUGGAGCCCUCAACACCGCUUAACACGCAGUGUGGGGAGCUGUACGCCUCGGCCACCCAGGGAGCCCCGCUGCACCCCCAUGGGCUGUGCCCCCCUGAGCGCCACUGCUCACCGCCCUGCGGCCUUGACCUCUCCAAAAAGAGCCCCACUGGCCCUUCCACCCAGCUCCUGCCCACCGACCGCCUGCUGCCCGGUGAGCCCCGCGAGCCCUCUCUACCCCCACGACAUGACAGCCCUCCCAUCAGCGCUGGACUUUUGGCUGGCCACCCCGCCGCCUACAAGGACUCCCCACCGGGUGGUGAGCCGGGGGGGCACCCCCAUGCCCCCGACCCCUUCCGCAGCACGCCGCCCUGCCCUGAGCCCCCCUUGCCCCGCGCUGAUGGGCGCGAGCUGAUGUACCGCUGGAUGAAGCAUGAGCCCCUGGGCCCCUACCUGGACGAGGGGGAGACAGAGAAGGAGCUGGAGCGGGAGGAAAAGUCCGAGUCACCGCCCGCGGCACCUCAGCCUCGCUACCCCAGUGUGGAGAGCAACGACCUGGAGCCCGAUAACAGCACAAGUGAGGAGACGGGCAGCAGCGAGGGCCCCUCACCGGGUGAUGCACUGGACCGCUACUGCAACCACCUGGGCUAUGAGCCGGAGAGCCUGGGUGACAACCUGUAUGUGUGCAUCCCCUGUGGCAAGGGCUUCCCCAGCUCUGAGCAGCUCAAUGCCCAUGUGGAGGCCCACAACGAAGAGGAGCUCUAUCACAAGGCAGCAGCUGAGCAGGCUGUGCCCUUCCUGGACAAAGGUGGCCCAGGACUUGGUGACAUCUUGCGACCCUACCGUUGCUCCUCCUGCGACAAGUCCUACAAAGACCCGGCCACAUUGCGGCAGCACGAGAAGACGCACUGGCUGACUCGCCCUUACCCCUGCACCAUCUGCGGCAAGAAGUUCACGCAACGUGGCACCAUGACCCGCCACAUGCGCAGCCACCUUGGCCUCAAGCCCUUCGCCUGCGAUGCCUGCGGGAUGCGCUUCACCCGCCAGUACCGCCUGACCGAGCACAUGCGCAUCCACUCAGGAGAGAAGCCCUAUGAGUGCCAGGUGUGUGGCGGGAAGUUUGCCCAGCAGCGCAACCUCAUCAGCCAUAUGAAGAUGCACGCGGCCGGCCCCGAUGGGAAAACCAAGCUGGACUUCCCUGACAGUGUCUAUGCCAUGGCCCGCCUCACUGCUGACCAGCUGGGGCUCAAGCAGGAGAAGGCGGCUGAGCUGCUCUCCCACACCUCGCACUUCCUCAGCGACCCCAAGGCCAUGGAGAGCCUCUACCCUCUGGCCAAGUUCACAGCCGAGCACCUUGGGCUGAGCCAGGACAAGGCGGCUGAGGUGCUGGCACAGGCUCCCCACCUCCAUGCCGAGGCCGCCCGGACCAUAGAGCGAUACUCACCUCCCUAGCACCGGCCCAGCCGGGGGGUGAGGGGGGGUCACUGGGCUCUCCUCACUGCCCCGUGUGGAGCUGGGGGAUUAGGGGGUGAGAGGCAGUGGGUGCUCAUCCCCUGGCGCUGAUGAUGGCCCCGGAGAACUUGCUCGUAGUGGAAGGUCCUGUGAGAGCUGCCCUAGGAUGGCUGGAUGGCACGUCUUGCCAUGAGUGCCCCAUCUCACCUGAGAGAAGCCGAUAAUUCAGGGACUGACCUCGUGGCAUGGCUUCCCCCUGUCCAUGGGGUGAUGCUGGGCCCCCGGCAUUGGGGCGGGAAUGAAGCACAAGCUGUGAGGCUGGGCUGCACCCUGAGGCUUUGGAGGACAUGAGCCGGCUCCAUACCUCAGGGCUGUCCCCAGCAAUGCCCCCCAGGUGAGGGGACCCCCUCGACAGCUGCCCCAUCGCCACGGUGGGACCUGCUGGCCAUGAGCUCUGCCACCACAGGACCCAGACUGUGCCACCUCCAUCACUGCAGGGCCGUGAGUAGUUUGUCCAUCAUGGCUGGAGUGCUGCAUCUGUUCUGAGCAGGAGCAUGACCAUGCGGGGCUGGGGGGGGGGGGUGCCAGCCUGGUCACCCCUGGGGACAUGCUGAGAGUGUGGACAGACUGAUGGAAGGGGACAGUGGAAAAUGAGCAGCGGGCGCAGGGAGAGGGGACAAUGGUCAACUCUAUGCCAGGGUCGGGGCUGGGAAACUGCGAUGCUCCUUUCUCUGGAGCAAGCACUGACCUCCUGGCCCCACAUUUUUUGGGGGGUGAGGCAGGGCCCGUCACAGACUGAGCCCCUGGGCCCUGCCCUAGCAGGCACCUUGCCAUCAGGGAUGUCCGGGGGGGGGGCCCAGGGACCUGGUGGCUUUGCCCUCAGGCAGCAACUUGCCUCGAUUUAAAAAAAAAAAAAAAAAUUUUUUUUUUUUUUUUGCCAAAGAUGCCCGUCCUCAGUGCAGUAGGGCCAGCCCAGGGAGUUCAUGACAAAGACAAAGCAGCCUGGUUUGUCAGCUAUGGGGAGGUGGGCAAGGGCUGCGGGGGCGCUCAGGGGGAGGUUAGAGCCGAGGGAAGUGGAGGGGCUGCCCCAGGCUGGGCUCCCCCCUAGGGGCCCAGCCCCCCUCUAGGGGCAUCCCUGCCACUGCCGAAUCCCUCUCCUGCCUCUGCUCACUGUGGGCAAAGCCUCCCCCAGCCUGGACCCCCCCCGGCCGGUGCCCUGACCCCUCUGCCUGGGGCUAAUGUGAAGCUUCUCCCCUCCCUGCAGCCCGUCCUUUCCUUUGCACACGAGGCCCCCGGGGUGGCCGCCAGCAGCGACUGUCCCCGGCCUCGCCGCCACUGUGCCUUAACCUGAGCUGGCCGCUGCUGCCCGGUGUCUCCCUGGUCCCCGGGGGUUCCCUCAGGCUAACAGCCUCCCUUCGGAGCCACAGCAGCACCCAAAGCACAGCUGGCAGCUCCCAGUGGGGCCCCCGGCCCCCUCUGUAUCACGUCCAAUUUGUACACGGGCUCCUCGCCCUUUUUGUUGUUUUGUUUCGUUUGUUUUUAUUUUUUCUAUAGUCGAAACAGAAUGAGCAAUAAAGUGACAUUAAACACG